AUGUUUUCGGGCCCGCCUGAUCUCAACUACAGCUUCAACGUGAGCGCCGACCGGGAUUUUAGUACAUCAACGGGCACGGAGAUGCUGUCCCCGACAGGGUUCGUCGUGCUGUCCGUUGCCCUGGGCUUCAUCAUGACUUUUGGCUUCGUAAAUAACUUUGUUGUGCUGCUGCUGUUCUGCAAAUUCAAGACACUGCGAACUCCCGUGAAUAUGCUUUUGUUAAACAUUAGUAUCAGUGACAUGCUGGUGUGCGUGUUUGGCACUACACUCAGUUUUGCGUCCAGCAUCAAGGGAAGGUGGCUGCUCGGUCGCAUUGGCUGCAGUUGGUAUGGCUUCGUCAACUCCUGCUUUGGCAUCGUGUCGCUGAUUUCCUUGGUGAUCCUGUCCUACGACCGCUACAGCACGCUCACCGUGUGCAACAACAACCGUUGGCCCGACUACCGCAAGCCCCUGGUGGCGGUGUGCUGUUCCUGGGUCUACUCCCUCAUCUGGACGGUGCCCCCCCUGCUCGGCUGGAGCAGCUACGACCUCGAGGGCGCCGGGACCAGCUGCUCCGUGUCCUGGAAGGUCCGGACAGCCCAGUCCCACGCCUACAUCAUCUGCCUCUUCAUCUUCUGCCUGGGCCUGCCUAUGCUGCUUAUGGUCUACUGCUACGGCCGGCUGCUCUGGGCUGUCAAACAGGUGGGCAAGCACCGCAGGACGGCGGCACGCCGGAGAGAGUACCGCAUCCUGUUCAUGGUGCUGACCACGGUGGUGUGCUACCUGGUGUGCUGGAUGCCCUACGGCGUGGUGGCCAUGAUGGCCACCUUCGGCCCGGACAACAUCAUCAGCCCGGUGGCCAGUGUGGUUCCCUCGCUGCUGGCCAAGAGCAGCACGGUGAUCAACCCCCUCAUUUACAUCCUGAUGAACAAACAGUUCUACCGGUGCUUCCUGAUCUUGUUCCACUGCAAAGGCCGGGCAGGGGCCCAGAGAGGGGGGUCCUCCCUGCCGUCCAGGACCACCAUCAUCCAGCUCAACCGCCGGGUGUACAGCAACACCGUGGCCUGCACCGACCAGUCCACCUCGAGGAACCUCAAGGUGUGCACCAGCCUGCCCACCACGGAACGCUUCAGCCCGUCGGUGAUCACCUCAUGACCUGUGGGUCGCCCUCCGAGAACCUCGGAGGGCGAGGCUCUUUACCCCGGAAGGGUGAAAGGCUGUGGCACGCAGGAUCGACGCGCGGUGUGUUGAGCACCGGGCCUGAGGUGGUGCAGUGGGUGAAGGGAUAGCAGUGUUCUGAGGUUUGAUCUGUGGAGCUAUGUUUUUGUUUAUCGUGCUAUGUGUUGCUUCAACACUUAACAACGCUGUUACGUUUGGGUAUGAGAUUAGAGGUGUAAUGUACAGUAGGAAAUGUACAUAUUUAAGGUAUAACGUACCAUAAAUAACAUCUUCUGAAGAAAAGGAGCGGUUGGUCAAGCCAACAAUUUUACGGGAGCAUGCUAACAUGCUAAUGCUAGCAAGGCUUAUUGGCAAAUAUGCUAGGUUCUUAGUCCCUUGGUCACUGCGCGGCAGACCUCCGCAUUGAACAUUCAGGAUGUGCCUGCUCAUAACUUAUAUAUAUUGAUCAUGUUGUGUGUCCAAAUAAGUCUACACUGCAAUUCCUUGGGCACCAAGCGACACACACGCCAAAUGGGAAGUAGAUCAGAUAAACAGAGAUAUGCGAUGGACAAACAUACACACACACACACACACACACACACACACACACACACACACACACACACACACCGGGGGGGUGGGGGGGGUUUGGUUUCACGCCCAAUGUGGUCAAAUGUGACAACUCCCAGAUGUACAAACGUACAAAUUGCUUAGGUGCUCACUGGCUACUUCACUAUGCUUGCCGACGUUGCGUGUAUGUAGUGUGUAUUGUUGGCCAUGUUUACUCUGGCCAUGUUAUGGUCUACCGGUGAAAAAUGAAACUUUGGAAAUUGUGCAAAGUGUACAAGUAAACCUAUUGUAUUAUUGUAUAUGUAUGUGCAUGGUGCCUGAAAUAUUCUCAUCUGUCAAUAUGUUUGCAGUAUUGUUAAUAAUGUUAUUUAUGUGAAAUUGUGAGUGUAUUCAUUUCACUGUAGGAUAACUGCAAUGCCCAGUCGGGGACUAUAUUUCAUUUAUGUUAAUGAACCUAAUGAUUAACCUAAGUUGAAUUGAGCUGAAUCAUGAGAAAGAAAAUAAAUAUAUUUUUGGGAAUCUGAAUUUCCGGAGGAUGCAUUGUUGUAGCGUGUGUAGUAUCAUUACGCCCACACACUUACACACAUGCAGUGCAACAAAAUGUAGUGGACCAACAUGACCUCUCGGUGUGUGAAUUCUACGGGAUUCGGGCUGUGGUAGUUUAGGUUCUACCACUAAUUACAGUGCCCCCUAUAGUCAAACGUGACAACUCCCAAAUGUAUGCGUGAGGAGUGGUUGAAUUUAGAGUUUUUUCCCCAUUCCCUUUCCAUAAUAAAUAAUAAU